CUUCACAGAAGAGGACUCUAGGAUGCUGCUGCGAUGUUUCAUGUUUUAAGUACAGUUAAUAUAAUAUGGCUUUUGUUAGCGUUAUGUUUUGCAGCAGCCUUUUGCCUCAAUAGGUUUUCAGUGAAACUCCCUGACAGAGUCGAGCACGUGUUUCAGGAUUUUAUCCGGUAUGGAAAAACUAAGGAAAACAUCAAACGCACUAGUUGGCAGCUCGUUUUUGACUUAUCAAAGAGGUAUUUCUAUCAUUUCUAUGUGGUGUCUGUCAUGUGGAAUGGGCUCCUCCUACUGGUUUCCUUACGGUCUGUCGUGAUGUCUGAGGCGUUCCCUAACUGGCUCAUUGACAUACUUUGGAGUUUGACUGGCAGAUCAAGGGGUUCUUGGAACGAGAUACAUUUGUCCACUCUGCUUUUACAAGUGCUCCUAUGGGUUCAUACCUUGAGACGACUAUUGGAGUGCCUGUUUGUCAGCGUAUUCUCUAAUGGUGUGAUCAAUGUGGUCCAAUAUGCAUUUGGCUUGAGUUAUUAUAUCAUACUUGGACUAACUGUGCUGUGCAUAAAUGAUUCUCUACCACAGUCAGAGUCAGUCGGUUUCUUUAAUCAGCUAAGAUGGUAUCAUGUAAUUGGGACUCUUUUCUUCUUCUGGGCCUCAUUUCUCCAGCACCAGUCCCUCUCUCUGCUGGCCAAGAUGAGGACUGACAGCUCAGGUAAAGUAGAGACUCUGGCCCACAAGAUGCCCUGUGGCGGUUGGUUUGAGCUGGUCUCUUGUCCACAUUACCUGGCUGAGCUUCUGAUUUAUGCUGCCAUGAGUGUUUGUUGUGGCUGUGGUUCACUAACCUGGUGGCUGGUGGUGCUGUAUGUUCUCUGUAACCAAGCACUUGCCGCACAGCUUUGUCAUGAGUACUACAGGAGCAAGUUUGAGACAUAUCCACAUGACCGAAAAGCUUUCAUCCCUUUUGUCCUGUGAAAAAAAAUACCUUUUAUAUGGAACUAAAUAAAUGUAAGAACAUCUCAGUUGCAGUCUUUUACUAACUGGAACAGUUGACACAUUGCUCAUGCAUGUUUAAUGUUUAAGAAACAGGGCAAGGAUGACCAGGGCAACAUGACCGAAAUGGACCGUUGCCCUGGCACAGACUGAUCUCAGAGGGUGAUCAACUCCAACUGCUUCUUUUAAAGAGACAUUACUGUCACGUGUCAGCACAUAUUUUGAAGUGGAAGUGGCUCCUUCCUACCACAGUCAUAUGAACUGUUGAAGUCAACUUCUCUAAAGUCUUAUCAUUUUGUAAAAACAAUUAAAAAACAUUUUCUACCUAUUUCUUGCUACUGGCAAUAUUUUACUUAAUUUGUAUUUACAUAUGUACCAUAUGACAUAAACAAAUAAAAAGGUUAAAAUGUCAA